AUGGCAUCAAGCGAUGACACCGCUCAUGUUCUUCACCCUCCAUCUGAGGAUCUGAAGGAUAAAAAAACAGCCUAUGACUUCAACUUGUUGCAAAAGGAAGCAAAAAUGCCAGAAGAGUUCGUUUGGCCUUCUGGGGAUUUGGUGAAAGGCAGUGAAGAAGCACUUGAUGCACCCAUCAUAGACUUAAAAGCCAUAAAGAACGAUGAAAGUGCUAUGGCCUCUGCAGCUGAACUUGUGAAGAAGGCAUGCAUGAAACAUGGCCUUUUUGAAGUGACCAACCAUGGUGUUGACCCUCUUCUCAUCAUUGCUGCUCAUAAAGAGUUUGACACCAUUUUCAAUCUUUCCAUGAGCAAGAAGCUGAGUGCUGGGACUAAAACUAAUGUGUAUGGGUACUCAAGUGCUCAUGCAGAGCGCUUUUCUUCUAGUUUGCCUUGGAAAGAGACGUUUACUUUCCCUUAUAGUCACAUCCAUGAAUCUCAGACACAGGUUGUUGACUUUUUCAAAUCUGCCUUAGGAGAAGAGUUUCAACACACCGGGUUGGUAUAUCAAAGAUAUUGCAAUGCAAUGAAGGAAAUUACUGAGGUUGUUUUGGAGUUAUUGGCCAUUAGCUUAGGUGCAGAUAGUUUGUAUUAUAAGAAAUUUUUCGAAGAUGCUGAAACAAUAAUGAGGUGCAACUCUUAUCCUCCAUGCAAUGAUUUCAAACUCACAUUUGGAAUUGGUCCUCACUGUGAUCCAACUUCAAUAACCAUUCUUCAUCAAGAUCAAAUUGGAGGUCUAGAAAUUUUUGUUGAUGAUCAAUGGGUGCCUGUUCGCCCUCGACCUCACACCUUCAUAGUCAACAUAGGUGACACAUUUACGGCAUUGUCGAACGGGUUAUACAAGAGUUGCUUCCAUAGGGUAUGGUGUAACACACAAGUGGUGAGGAGAUCACUGUCUUUCUUUCUGUGCCCAAAAGGAGACAAAAUAGUGAAACCCCCCAACAAUCUCUUUAGCAAAGAAGAGGAAAGGAACUAUCCUGAUUUCACCUGGUUAGACUUUUAUCAGUUUACACAGAAGCAUUACAGGGUCGAUGGUGACACUCUACAACGUUUCGUGUCCUGGCUUCGCGCUUCUAAGCCAUCCAACUUAUAG